AUGGUUGAAAAGGGUCUUAUCGGCCUUGAUGACGACGUUACUGAAACUCUUCCGGACCUCGCUUCCUUGGAGGUAUUAGACGGUGGGGAACCUAUCGAUGGCAUUCCGACAACUAAGCCGAGGAAAACGAAGAUUACUCUGAGCGUUGCCAGAUGGGCCGUAAAUACAGGCUUAAGUAAUACUACUCUGGACUCGACACAGAUAUCGAUGAAGAAAUGCCCUCUUGCCUUUGAGCCUGGCUCUAGCUGUUCAUAUGGUGCAGGAAUUGACUGGGCUGGUGAAUUAGUUAGACUACUUACCAUCCGAUCAAGUUCCGAAAAUGACAUGAUCCCAACCUAUAGUCGGAAUGAGAACGGCAUGCUGCAGCCUCAAGCGUUUCCAGUACCGCUCGAGCCUGAACGUGAGAUUGCCGGCCAUGAAAUAUGGAGCACCGUGAGUAACUAUGCAAAGCUGCUCGGUGCCCUUCUUGAUGGUGGGUCUCUAGUUUUGGGCCAAGAGUUGGUAGACGAGAUCUUCACGCCCCAGGAAACGAAUACCAAUGCACUGAAUUCUACGAUACAAGGACCGUACAAACCCGCUUUGGGGCCAUUGAUUCCAGCAUCCGAAACAGUACAUCACGGCUUAGCUGGUCUGAUCAAUGUUAGCGAUUUUCCCGGGCGCAGGAAAUCCGGGACAUUACAGUGGUCAGGCAUGCCCAAUCUGUUUUGGGUAAGCUUUUUUGCUUUCAAUUUCAGUGAUUCGUAUUGCAAUUUGCGAUUCCUAAAAGUUCAAGCUAACGAGGUUUUAAUGGAUUGA